AUGGCUCCAGCUUCUUCCCUUCUUUCAGACGAUGCCGAUCUCUAUGAAAUAUUGACGCUCCAUCGUGAAUCAGCAACCGCAUCCGACAUCAAGUCGCAGUAUCGUAAACUUGCAUUGAAGUACCACCCUGACAAACAACGACCAUCUGCGACCGAUGAAGAUAAGCAAGCUGCGACAUUACAAUUUCAACGCAUUGGACUUGCCUAUAGCAUUUUGAGCGAUCCAGCCAAGAAAUCACUGUAUGACAAAACGGGCACGAUAUCGAGCGACGAUGGAUUAGCAGGCGACAAGAGCUGGACCGAUUACUUUAAGGAGCUAUGGACGGGUGUUGUGAAUGCUGAAACGAUUGAACAAUUUGCGUCUCGAUAUCGAGGAUCUGAUGAGGAAGAACGUGAUGUGUUGCGCUAUUAUCAACAAUGCAACGGCAAUAUGGAUCGUAUUCUCUCCCAUGUCGAGUGCAGUGAGCUGACGGAUGGCGAACGGCUGGCCGAAAUCAUUCAAAAAGCCAUUGAUCGUGGUGAUGCAACAACCCUCAAAGAAUUCAAGAGCACAACAACAGCAAAAGCCCAUCGUGCACGUGCUAAACAACAUCAACGACAACUCAAGGAAUGGGAACGUCGACAAAAGAAGGAAAAGAAAGAGGAGGGGGAUCAAUCACUAUUGGCAUUGAUUCAGGCACGCAACAAGGAACGAGCGGCUAAACUUGACGCAUUGGCAGACAACAUUGCAGCGAGAGCAGCUGAAGCUUCAUCUUCUUCUUCAACCAACAAAGGCGGCAAAAAGAGAACCAAACGUCAAGCUGAAGCUGAAGAGGGACCUUCAGAGGAGGAAUUCCAAAAGAUCCAAGAACGAUUGAUGGAGAAUAAGAGACGCAAAGCCAAAUAG